CCCCUUCUCCAUCCCCGGCGAAAACGCGUCGCCUUACUUCGUCACGUGAUUCGCAUCCUUCUAAGAUAAAGGGCUGUCGUGAAAGUUUCCGCCAUGCUUGUUUCUGCGAGCAGUUCUUCUAGAAAGACACAUUAUGAUGUUCUUUCAAUUAAGGAAGAUGCAAACUAUGAUGAAAUCCGGGCGAGCUACAAGGCUGCCAUCCUAAAUUCUCAUCCUGAUAAGCUUCAAACAAAACCAGAGGCAGUCGAGCAUCAAGAUAAUUUCCUUGAUGUACAAAAGGCAUGGGAGGUUCUUUCUGAUUCCAAGUCUAGAGCAAAUUAUGACAAGGAACUCCGAGCUUCCAGGUGCGAAGUGGACGUUGCUUCUGAUGAAAUUAGACUAGAGGAAAUGUCUGUAGAGGAUUGUGAUGAUUCAAAGGAGUUCUUCUAUGAAUGUAGAUGCGGUGAUUAUUUUUCAGUCACCGCUAUGGAUCUUGAGAAGAUGGGGGUUUUAUUAGAUGAAAGUGGAGUGUUCGGGUUACAUCGUCCUACUGACUUAGUACCAGUAUCGGUUCUUCUUCCUUGUGGGUCAUGUUCACUUAAAAUUCGGUUGAUAAUAGAUGUCAAAUGUUGAUUUUGUUA